AUGCUUUCAGGGAGAACAGAAGUUACUGAUGAAUACGAUUCUAGUGACAUGAACAUGUUGAUUCUAAACUAUGGAAAUAACGUAACGAAAACAAAUGUAUUCACAAACGCGGACAGUGUAGUUCCAACAAAACCAGAUAUCGAAGACUUUUGGAAUGUUGAAUCUAUUGGAAUAACUACUGAAAGGGCAAACACAGAUGAUCAAAUUGUUAUGCAACAUUUCAAGGAUACACUUAAGCGCGAGGACGGGCGAUAUCAGGUUACAUGGCCAUGGAAACGAGAUAUUGAUGAAUUGCCGGAAAAUCGUGGAUUGGCAUUAGGGAGACUGAAAUCAUUAGUUACUCGAAUCGAAAGACAACCUGAACUGAAACAGCAAUACGACGAUGUAAUUCAAGACCAGCUUGCAAAGGGCGUUAUUGAAAAAGUUGACAAAUGUGCAGAGUACGGAUAUAAACAUUAUAUCCCACACCAUGUAGUUAUCACACCAACGAAAAGUACAACCAAACUUCGAGUUGUUUAUGAUGCAUCAGCGAAGACAAGAACUGACAACAAAAGUCUGAAUGAAUGCUUAUACAGAGGCCCCGUCAAGCUACAUGACCUCUGUGGAAUUUUAAUGCGGUUUAGAUUACACAAAAUUGGUAUAGUUGCCGAUAUAGAGAAGGCAUUUCUGCAAGUGGGAUUACAACCUUUAGAAAGAGACGUUACCCGAUUUCUGUGGCUUAAGGACAUCAGUACAUCAAUCGUAAAUGAAGACAAUAUACAAGAAUUUCGCUUUGCAAGGGUGCCGUUUGGCGUAAUUUCGAGUCCAUUUCUACUGGGUGCCACUAUCGAAUGCCAUCUGGAUUCAUAUGAAAGUGAAAUUUCAGAAAAACUGAAAAAUGAUAUAUACGUGGACAAUGUUAUUACUGGAACCGAAACUGAGACUGAAGCCAUUAAGUUUUACGAAACAUCAAAAUCGAUCUUUAAAGAUGCAUCAAUGAACUUACGUGAAUGGACUACAAACAGUAAAUCCGUGAAUACUUCCAUACCUACUGAAGAUAGGUCAGGGUGUGAAAAGACAAAGGUGUUAGGACACUAUUGGAAUGUUAAAGAUGACACAUUUUCUAUCAAAGCGCCGAUGUUGUUACCUGAAACGUCACAGAUUACAAAACGAACAGUGCUAAAACAGAUAGCUUCAGUGUAUGACCCUCUAUGUCUUUUCUGUCCGAUUUUGCUUCGGGGAAAGAUACUUCUACAAUCAUUGUGGCGUAAACAUAGUGACUGGGAUGAUGAACUUGAAAAUAGUGACAUUCUGUCAUGGAAAUCGAUCAAAGAAGAUUUUGUAAAUAUCCCAAAUUCUCAGAUUCCAAGAUAUGUUGGAUUACAAGUUGUCGAUGAAAAUAAAAAAGUACAAAACAGAUUGGUUUGCUUCUGCGAUGCCUCAAAAUAUGCAUAUGCGUGUUGCAUUUAUCUUAUUCAGGGAGAUAAAAAUGUAACAAAAGGGAACCUUGUAUUCGCAAAGUCAAGAUUAGCUCCUAUAAAACAAAAUAUGACGAUUCCAAGAUUAGAAUUACUGGCGAUGGUCAUAGGAGUUCGUUGCAUUGAAUUUGUGAGAAAAGAGCUUAAAUUAGAAAUAGAAGAAACUUACUUGUUCACGGACUCGCAAUGUGCAUUGAAAUGGACAGAAACAGAAAAGGCGUUACCCGUAUUUAUCAAGAACAGAGUUAAAGAAAUAAAAGGUCACGGUGACAUUUCGUUUAGAUACGUAUCUACAAAGGAAAAUCCAGCAGACGUAGCAAGUAGAGGAGUUACAAUGGAUCAGCUACAAAACAACCAACUAUGGUGGCAUGGUCCUAGUUGGUUAUCGAAACCGAAAAACGAAUGGAAAAUUGACGAAAAAUUUGUGAUAGCGGAAUCAAAAUUUGAAAAUACUGAGCAAGAUGUAGAAACGAAGAAAAAUGAACCAUUGUUAAAAUCUGAAGAGGCGCCUGCUUUAGGUUCAGACAAUCAUUCUCCAUGCGGAAUUAAAAGUGAAAAGUACUCAUCUGCAAUCAAGCUGUUCAGAGUUACAGCCCUUGUCUUACGUUUUAUCAAAAGGAUAAAGAAACAGAAAUGUGAAACUGAAUCGAUUUCAAGUGAUGAAUUGUUACAUGCCGAAAAUUUGUGGAUAUUGCAUUUACAGAGAAAGUGCUAUCAAGAUGUGUACGAGUCGAUAACAAACGGUAAAAAAUGUACCAUAAAGCAACAGCUUGGAGUAUUCAUAGAUAAAAAUGGUCUGCUUAGAUGCAGAGGCAGGCUUGAAAACGCAAAUAUUAGCGAUGCAGCCAGAUAUCCUAUCCUUUUACCAAAGAAAGAUCAUAUUACACGUUUAAUCAUAGAACGCGCUCAUAAACAGCAACUUCAUAGUGGAUUAUCUCAAACGUUGAGUGCUGUACGAUAUAAAUUCUGGAUUCCCAGUGGGCGUGCUACCGUGCGCAGUGUGUUACGACAAUGCAUACUGUGUCGGAAAAUCGAGGGCGGUGCGUACAAGAUGCCGCCAAUGCCCCCAUUUCCAAAGGGACGUGUUACGGAGGCGGUCGCGUUUGAAAGGACAGGUCUUGAUUAUCUGGGACCCCUCUACAUAAAGACCUCUGGGGAAUAUAGAAAGGUAUGGGUUUGCCUAUCCACUUGUUUAGUAACUCGUGCAGUACAUUUGGAGACAGUACACGAUAUGUCAACAGAAGAGUUCCUAUUAGCGUUACGUCGAUUCAUUGCGCAACGGGGAUCACCAAUGGAAAUAAACAGUGACAACGCAAAACAGUUCAAGUUAGCCAGUGACACAAUACAUUUAAUCUGGCAAAACACUAUCAAAAGCGAUGACGUGCAAACGUAUGUAUCAAAUCAUGGAAUAAAAUGGAAUUUUAUUGUCGAGCGAGCCCCCUGGUAUGGAGGUUACUGGGAAAGACUUGUGGGACUUGUUAAACGAUCAUUACGCAAAUCUCUGGGACGUAGAUCAUUGACUGAUAUUCAGUUACAGACUGUUAUCAAAGAAAUAGAAAGUGUCAUCAAUUCUAGACCACUUUUAUAUGUGGAUGAUGAUAUAAAUUCUAACAUUACGUUAACACAGGACAUUUUCUGA